AUGGAAAGUAUACUAGAACAACAAAGAAAAGCGCACGAAGAAAUUGAACGCCUGGAACAAGCAAUUGUUGAUCAGUUUAUGAAAGAUCCAAAAUCGCAUAAAGAUCGGCUAGUACGAGAACAUAGAGUUAAUGAUUUUUUGGAUAGAAUAAGUUUAAGAAGUAAAUUUUUAUAUGAAUUAUAUGAUGAUACUGAUGGAGCACGUAAAUCUGAAAUAGACGCUUUGUCAGGAACUUCAGAAUUUAGCGAGUUUUAUGCAAGGUUGAAAUCAACCAAAGAUUAUCAUCGGCGUUAUCCAAAUGAAACAGUUGAGCCAUUGGAAUUAGAAUUUAUCAAUCAAGCUAAACAAAUAACAGAAGAUGAUGAAGGCCAUGGAAAAUUUUUAGAUUUACAUUCUAUUCAUGAACAAUACGUGAAUUUAAAAAAUGUAAAAAAGAUUGAUUAUUUGACAUUUUUAACUGAAUUUGAUCAUUUCUCAGAUUAUCCAAAAGAAUAUAAAAAUGGAGAAUAUUUCAAAUACUUGAAAGAUUUGCGUGAUUAUUUAGAAAGUUUUUUCAAAAGGGUCAAACCUUUAUCCAAUUUAGAAAGUAUACGUAAUGAAGUAGAAAAAGAAUUUAAUGAGAAAUGGUCCCAAGGAAAAUUUCCUGGUUGGGAAAAAAAAAUUGGAUCAAACGUUUCAGGAGAUUUGUUUUGUGUAGCAUGUUGCAAAUCAUAUUCAAAGAAAACUGUCUAUGAUGCACAUUUAACCAGUAAAAAACAUAUUAAAGCUGCAAAUACAAUGAUGGAAAAGGGCGUUACAACAGUGGAUUAUGAGACACAAGAAAAAUUACGAAAGGAUUUUGAAGGAAAUAAAGAUAAGCGAGAACGUGAAAUUGCAUUUUUAGAAGCCUUGAUACAAAAAUAUUCAGAAAAAUUAGGCGCUCAACAUGAAGAUACCAAGGCAAAUGUUGAAAGAAAACGUGCAUUGACCGAUAGAGAACGUAGAAUGGAAUUGGAGGCUGAAGAAGUUGACGAUAUUGAAAGUGAGUCAGAAGAUGAAGAUAAAAUUUAUAAUCCACUUAAGUUGCCAUUAGGAUGGGAUGGUAAACCAAUUCCAUACUGGCUUUAUAAAUUGCAUGGACUUGGUGUAGAAUAUCCAUGUGAGAUUUGUGGUAAUUAUGUUUACAUGGGUAGAAAAGCAUUUGAUAGGCAUUUUCAGGAAUGGAGACAUGCACAUGGUAUGAGAUGUUUGGGAAUACCUAAUACAAGACAUUUUCAUGAAAUUACUUUAAUUGAAGAUGCUUAUGCAUAUGAAUUCAAAGCAGAUACUAUGGAAGAAUUUGAGGAUCUGGACGGAAAUGUUUUUAAUAAGAAAACUUAUGAUGACUUAAAGAGACAAGGAUUAUUAUAA